AUGGGGUUUGUGAGAAAUCGCACGCGGGGAGGGCGAGCAGAGUCACUUCAGAGAAGCCUUAACUCUACGCGCAUUCCCUUAUCUCUGCGCAAGGAACUUGCAGAUCUGGAGAACAGUAUUGCCGGAUACGAUUCUGCUGAAUCCUCAUCUGGAACGGAUCUGGCAUCGCAGACCUACGCCCAGCCAGCGCAACGCCCCCAGCUGUCGCGAAAAGAGCGGAGAAAACAGCUGCGCGCGCAGCAACGUCAGCAGAAAAAGGAGCAUCAAGAGCUAAGAAAGAGGCAGAGAAUUCAAUACGAAAUUGGUGCUGUGACCACUCAGCGGCGAAUUAGUGGAAAGGGAGAGGAAGAACAGCCGCAGCAGCAACGAGCGGGGGGAUCGAAGAGUGCUGCGCUCACAGAGGCUGAUGAAGAAGGCGUUAACAGUCUAGACGCUAAGUAUUCCGCUUCUGGAGCGAUACACGACAUCGGCAGUAUAGAUGUAAUGGCAACAGCUUUGCGGAAGGUACGGAAACAGCAACAAUCCGGCGAUGAUGCGCUGCAGCAUGAAUUGCGGACACUUGAGAGAAAAUUAGGCAUUAGGAGCAGCAAAAGGGACUCUGUAAAAACAUCCCGAGCAAGGGCCAAACUGAGAAACGAGCUGGAGGCGGAUGGUUUUGACUUAGAGCUACAAGACAUCUUGGAUGGUAGCAAAAGCCCGGGUAUGGCUAGUUAUCCAGUGAACGAAAGCUGUAUGCACAACAACCGAGGACUAGAUACGGGUGGCGAUUCCUCCAGGAAGGCCUUCCUCCGUACAUGGAAGGAAGUGGGAGUGUCUGGUGAUGGGCGCGUAAGGUAUGGAGCGUCGCCGGAUAGUGGAUAUGUUGACGUUGCGACUGCGGCAAUGAGAUCGAACCAGGAAAAAGAGCAGCCGCAAAGCGACGACCCCCUCCGUGAGGAGUUAAACAUACUUGAAGAACGGCUUGGCAUAAGCCGGAGUGGCUCAGGGAAGACGAAGGAAGCCCGAGAAAAGAGAAGAAGAAAACUGAGGCAGGAGCUGGAGGCAGAUGGCUUUGACUUGGAGCUGCAGGAUGUGCUGGACAAUAUCCUAGGUAUUGGCGCUGAGGGGGUGGAAGGCUCCGAACUCUGCGAAUCUGUUGGGUCUACUUGCGUUUCUGAUGUAUUUAGCGACGGGCUCGUGGAGGUUGAGGAAACUGAGUCCGAUGUUAGAACAGCCGUGCGACAGAACAAAACAAAGGAUGGCGUAUCUGUUUCUAGGGUCUACGUGGCCCCGCACCGCCGCCAAACAGCUACAGAGGGCCCCGAGACUGCCGCAAGUGCUGUGGCUCUGGAAAAGGUCAAGAUUGAGGUCAUACGCGCUUUAAACCGGGUUUCUGAAGGCAAUGUGGAUCCUGUUUUUCGUCAGUUGCUGCAUGUCAUACGGAGAAGUGCUGCUGACGUGAGUAGUGGACCGCUGGAGAGACUUUGGCUUCGACGCUUGCUGGAGAACAAGGAAGAGGCGACUGAGUUGUUGAGGAUCUAUACUGCCGGCGUGCGGGGGGUCUUGUGUGACCAGCUGGUGCAGUCGUGUAUACACAGCCCUUCCUCAACUAAUUCGCUUAUUGCUACCCGAAUAGCUAUGUGCUGCGCUCUUGGGAAGAUGUGGGAUAUUGAACUGUGCCUAGACUUUCUGGGAUCGCUGGCUGUCUGCUUCUCCAGCCACUUUGCGAGGGCCUUGGAGCAACGCAGUGAGCAGCGAGAGGCUUCAGCGGGAGGCACAGCUUCGUUGGCAACUCGCCAUGUUGUUGUGGGGGUUUGCUGUUUGUAUGAUUUUGGCUUCGUCUCACCACGUCUGUUUGUGGAGCUGAUCUGGCGAAUUUCUGGACUCCGGAGGGGUUCCAAGGCCGUGGAUGAGCACAAUAUCGAGCUUUCAGACUUCCGAAUAGAACUACUGCUUCUGCUGCUCCGACUGGGAGGCGAAAAGCUUCGUCACGACGACACGUCGCUCUUCACCAACACAUGGAAAGAGCUUGUAUGUCUUGUGCAGCGCCAAGACAACAGCCGUCCGCAACACCUUGCAGUUUUAAAGGGGGACAUGGGUGAGGCGGGCCGUCUGAGAUCUUUACUUAUAGAGUUGCAGGACCUAAAUGCUGGAAAGCAAAAGGGAAGGUUGAUGCUUAUCAAGUCAUCGCAGACUGCCCUGAGGUUCAACACCGAGCUGCAACAGAGCCUGUUCGAGUGUUUCGUUACAGCGAACAGUCCUGACGAUGCCCUUCAACUGUUGCAGAACUCCGGCCACCUGUCAAUGAAAAAACCCAUUAUAACUCAGACGGUUGCUGUCGCGAUGCAGUGCUGCUUGCAAGAAAAAUUUUACAACCAAUUCUACGGAAUGGUGCUUUCUCGCCUAUGUGGCAUUUGUGGAUGCCAAGCGGUGCAAUAUGGCAAUAAUGCAUGCAAGUGCUUCCUGAUGUACGAGAAAGGAGCGGCUCGCUACCGCCGCACCAUACAAAGGGGGCUAGCUGCUCAGGCUUCGGCGGCCCACGGAUUCUCUGUAAGACGACUUCUUAACCUGGCAAAGCUCACUGCAUUCCUGAUCCGGCUAGGUGUUGCGGAUUUGCGCAUCGUCCGUUUCUUGAACUUCGACAACGCAGGAGACAAGCAAGGCCCCAUGGGACUGUCGGGAAAGCUUGGCAUAUUCCUGCGAGAGAUCUGCGUUGAGCUUCUGUGCUGCCCCACAGCAGCAGCCUCACCCUUGCCAGCAAGGGAAGACUGGGAACAGUCCGCAGUUGCGUAUUUCAAAUGCCUUGGGUCAAUGAGCGACAUAUGUGAGGCGCUUGUCACCCUGCUGCAAGAUGUCGUGCUACCGAACGUAUCUGCUGAUUGCCCCAGCAGAAGCAGUGCAGAACGGGCACUGAAGGCUUCUGUAGUGAAGUCAGUAAUACGCAGUCUGUUGGACCACCACGAGCCGGAGAUUUGA